CGGGCUCUCUCGCGAGAUCGACGCGAUCGGGCCUCCGCUUCCGGCGGCGGGAGCGGUGCAGAGUCAGCUGCGGGCGGGGGGCGGCACCGGCACCGGCACCAGGAUCCGGCCUCGCCUGCAGACGGAGCCAGCGCCGCCGUCACCAUGGGCAACAUCUUUGGGAACCUGCUGAAGAGCCUCAUCGGGAAGAAGGAGAUGCGGAUCCUGAUGGUGGGGCUGGACGCCGCCGGGAAGACCACCAUCCUCUACAAGCUGAAGCUGGGAGAGAUCGUCACCACCAUCCCCACCAUAGGGUUCAACGUGGAGACGGUGGAGUACAAGAACAUCAGCUUCACCGUGUGGGACGUGGGUGGGCAGGACAAGAUCCGGCCCCUCUGGCGGCAUUACUUCCAAAAUACCCAGGGGCUGAUCUUCGUGGUGGACAGUAACGACCGGGAGCGGGUGAACGAGGCGCGGGAGGAGCUCAUGCGGAUGCUGGCGGAGGACGAGCUGCGGGACGCCGUCCUCCUCGUCUUCGCCAACAAGCAGGACCUGCCCAACGCCAUGAACGCGGCGGAGAUCACGGACAAGCUGGGGCUCCACUCCCUGCGCCACCGUAACUGGUACAUCCAGGCCACCUGUGCCACCAGCGGGGACGGGCUCUACGAGGGCCUCGACUGGCUCGCCAACCAGCUCAAGAACAAGAAGUGAGCGGGCAGCCGCUGACCCCAGCCCCCCCCCUGCACCCUGGGGCCAUGCCAGGCCCCCCCCCCACCCCGGCCGCCCCCUCCCCGCCUCGGUUGGGUUUUGCUUUCUUCUGGCACCGGUUGCUGUGGGGUUUUUUUCGCCUUUUUUUGGGGUCUCCUCGGUUCCCCUCGGAUCUCGUGUGUGCGUGCGUGGAAAUAUAGCUAUAUAUAACGUAUCGGGGGGUGGGGGGGGCAGAGCCCCCAGGGGAGCGGGAUGGGGGGCUGCCUCGGCACUGCCCUGCCCGGGGGGGCCAUGCCAGGGUACCCCGUCCCCGUGCAUGUCCCCGCACCCCUCGCCUUCCUCUGGACCAAAUGUGGGGGCAGCAGGGCCGCAGGGGGGAAUUUGGGACCACACACACCCCCUUCUCCCUCCAAUCCUCCCCCCUUCCCACCCCACAUGUCCCCCUGGGGGUCCCACACGUCCCCGGUCCCUCCAUGUCACUUCGAGGCAGGUCUCCUCCCCGCAGCGCGACCCCCACGGGGGAGGUACAAGGCUGCCAGGACCCCCAUGGUCCUCCUGGCAGUGCACAGCCCCCCCCCCCCCCCCCCAGCCCUGGCCACCUGCACCCCAACCCCAUGCCAGCAUAGUGAUUGUAUGUCCCUGCCCCUCACGGACGGACAGACGGACGGCCCCAUACUGUACCCCCCUCCCCCCCAGCACCGUAUUUAUACCCCCGGUCUGUGCUUGGUGUGACGUGUCGCUGCGGCUCUGCCCCGUCCGGGGACGUGUGUACUCGCCCCCCACCCCACGCCUGAGAUGGUGGGUGACCCCCAGCCCCCCCCCCUUGGAUAUUAAACAUGUUUUAUGUA